AAGAUCAGUGACCGAGCUCACUGCCUUGCCUACUGCCAAUAACUUCUCCUCCUCCACUCUCUUCACAACCAAACCAAAUUCUCAUCACCAUGGCCAUGGCCAGCACAACCUCCACAACCCUCUCUUCCCUAUCCUCUCUCUCACUCCACUCCUCUCCACGCUUCUCUCUCCUCCCCAAUACCACCUCUACCACCACCAUUUCCAUCAGACCCUUUUCUUCCUUUUCUUCUCUCUCCUCAUCUUCUUCGCGCUCCACCGCAAACUUCAGAGCCAAGGCUACUGAACCCGAGACCUUAUUCCUCGUCAGCGACGACCCAGAAGAGGAGGUCACUUACGACCCCCCAGAAGUUCCCGAAGGCUUCAUUGAACCACCCCCCUUCGACGAGGGCCCUGAGGAGACAGAAGAUGAAAUCGCCGCAGCAUACGAAGAGCUGUACGGCCCGGCAUACAGUGGGGUAAGUGUUCUGGGAAACGAUAUAUCUGUAAUGGAUUCUAAGGUGAAAAAAAUUGGUGGGUUUGGUUCAAAAGUGAAGAAAGAGAAAAUCAGAGAUGGGUUCGAGGAGAGGGUUGUACAGGUGAGGAGGGUCACCAAGGUGGUCAAAGGAGGAAAGCAAUUGCAUUUCAGGGCUAUUGUUGUGGUGGGUGACAAGCAAGGACAAGUUGGGGUUGGUGUUGGCAAGGCCAAGGAGGUUAUCGGCGCCGUGCAGAAGUCGGCCGUCAAUGCUAGAAGGAAUAUCAUCUCUGUCCCUCUGACCAAGUACUCCACUUUCCCGCAUAGGGCUGAUGGAGAUUAUGGGGCAGCGAAGGUGAUGCUUAGGCCCGCUUCUCCUGGUACUGGUGUGAUUGCUGGAGGGGCUGUAAGAAUUGUUCUAGAAAUGGCUGGUGUUGAGAAUGCAUUGGGAAAGCAACUUGGAAGCAACAAUGCUCUCAACAAUGCCAGGGCUACGGUUGUUGCAGUGCAGAAAAUGAGGCAGUUUAGCGAAGUUGCUCUCGACCGCGGUAUUCCAAUGGAGGAGCUCUGGAAAAACUAGAGCUAGUAAAAGCACCAUUUUACUGUGUAGAUUUUAUAAAUGUCAAUUCAUGUAAUGCGAGGUUUCUUUUCUUUGUGAAAGUAGAGGCUCCACUUUAGGAUGAAAAUUUGUAAGAAUCCAUUAUUUUCUUCCCCAAAACACAUAUUUUUUUUUUCUUUUAUAUCUAAUCUUUUGUUUCUCCAUGAAACACUGUAUUGGCUUUAGCUUGUUCUUUCCUACGUUUUGGGUCUGAUUAAAAUAACCAGUCUUUUCAUUUUAA